UUUUAGCUGUUGCACUCCGCCGUCAGUGGUCAACAUGGCGUCCGGCUACAUACUGAAUCGUGGUGCGAUAACAUUAGGAAUUCAUUGUCAACGCGUGUGCAGAAACAUAGCAGUAUCGCAGGUUAGAGAGAAAAAGCGAUGGAUGAAAGCGUACACACACCUCAUGGACCGGAAGUUAAAGCUGGAAGGACCUCCACCACCGAAACCACGCUGUCAACAGCCAAACUGGGAUUACCACACUGAGGUUCAGGCUUUCAGCAUCCGCCUACAUGAGAACUUCUCCCUGGACCUACUGAAAAUGGCCUUCAUCAAUCCCUGUUACCUGCAGGCGGAGCAAAAGAGGAGACAGGGGUUAGGUGUGGACUCUGAGGCCUCCGCUCUUGUUCUGAAGGAUAAUAUUGAGCUGAGUAAAAAGGGAGCGGGUUUCACCAAAAGCUUCCUGACAGACUGGUGCAGGGCCAGUUUCCCGAGCCUGCCGAGCGAGGGGGUGGAGAGCAUCGUAGGGCACCUCACCAGCUUAGCAGUUGUGGCCCAUGUAGCAAGAAAUCUCGGCAUUGAAGACCUAACCAUGAGUGCGGAAUUCCCUGUUCCUGAUGAUGUGCUUCAUUCCACGUUCAUGGCGGUGAUUGGAGCUCUGCAGGAGAGCAGUGGGGCAGAGAGAAUGGGAUUUUUCCUCCGGGAUUUCCUGAUCACUCAGCUGAUAGGGAAGGACCUGUUUGAUAUGUGGACAGUUGUCAACCCCAUGGGGCUACUGGUGGAUGAGCUUACUAAGAGGAAUGUUCCUCUGCCAGAGCCUCGCCUCAUCAGGUCGGCUGGAGCCAGUACCGUCCUGCCGCUAUACUUUGUUGGCUUAUACAGCGACAAGAAGCUCCUGGCUCAGGGUCCAGGAGAGACACUCAUAGCAGCCGAGGAAGAGGCGGCUCGUGUGGCCCUCCGGAAACUCUACGGCUACGCUGAGAACCGCAAACCUUUUGACUUCUCUCCACCACAACAGCAUCAGCAGCCAUUAAUUCAAUCAGUCAGCAGCAAUUAAUGAAGUGACGACUCUUAUGCUAUGGACUAAAGACUUGCUGUGGAUUGUAUGGGCAAAGUAAAGGAAAAGGUCACCGUGUACCUUAAUUAACAUUUGUCCCAACAGUGGUCAGUGUCAGGAUGGUUUCUGUUGGGCAUUUAAAUGUCAGUUCCUCACUGUGGGUUAAGAUCCACGGACAGAAGAUGAAUCUAAGCUUGUUUUUGAAUAAAUAGCAUAUUCAAGAGUAAAGUCCACUGGUCCCAUAGCUUAUGUUGAACCUAAUGGUUCAGCAGUCCAUGGCACAAAAUACACAUCAUGUCUGGUUGUCCUUGUAAAUAAUACAAGUGCCAUUUGGAUCACUUUGGUUUCUGUUAUAAUAUGUUGUUCAUCUGUAAUAAAAAGUAAUAAAAAUAAA